ACAUGUUCCCAUUGUUUCUAUCCAUAAAGAUGGAAGAUAAUGAACAGCUGUAUCUGAAGAGCUCAUGAGUACAGCUUUGGAAGCACUCACCGGGGAGCUGAAGAAAAGGGUAUGGCCUUCUGAAGAAGGUUGCUAAGAAACAGAUUUCAAAUGCUUCCUGAUUCUAUGAAGAGGCGACACACCCAGAAGGAAAUGAUCAGGCUCUACAAAAUGUUUGGGUCUCCUUUAAAUAGAUUAUUCAGAAUCCUCACAAUGAUAUCAAAGCUGUCCUCCAACUUUCCUGAAUAAUUAUCCCGAAGAUGUCAGAGUUAGAGAAAGCCUUCCGUAAAUUUGCCACGUACGGUGACACGGCUGCCACUGGCAACGAUAUGACGGGCAAGAACUUCUCCAAGAUGUUGAAGGAUUGUGGUGUGAUGGACGGGAAGGCCGUGACCAGCACCGAUGUUGAUAUUGUGUUCAACAAAGUCAAGACCAAAGGCGCUCGCACCAUCAACUUUACUGAGUUCCAGCAGGCCAUGAAGGAGCUGUGUGGCAAGCGGUUCAAGGGCAAGUCUCCUGAGGAGGCCCUGCAGGCUGUGUAUGCACUGAUGGAGGGCAAGGAACCAGCCAACGUGGGUGUAACAAAAACCACCACAGCUGGUGGGGUUGAUAGACUGACAGACACCAGCAAAUACACAGGCUCCCACAAGGAACGGUUUGAUGAGAGCGGCAAGGGGAAAGGGAUAGCUGGCCGUGAAGACAUGACCGAUGGCAGUGGCUAUGUUGGGGCCUACAAGGGAGCUGGCACCUAUGACAAGACACACUAGAGCUGGCACUGUACCUUAGGGAGCCCUACACCCUGUCCUCUCCUGUAACCUAGGAGGGAGGCCAUUAAACAUCUCAUGCUCAUUGCACCUUGGCUUCUUUGUGCGUGUGUGUGUUAUUUCUGGGGGAAUACUGCACCACUCCGUGCACACAGAAUUUAUGUUCCCUGCAGAAAAAAUGACUUCUGACAGGGAAGCAAAGGGAAGUCUCAAGAAUAGUCAUGUGCCCCUCCCCAGCACCACAGGUGUGUCAGUUCGGGCACCCAGAACAAUGGACAGAGAGAUAAAUUACGGU